AUGAAGCAGGUCCCCACUGACACUGUGGAUGACUUCCAGACUGUCCUGCAUUUCGUCAUGAACCAGAAAGCCACCAUUGGCUACAGUUUCAUGGCUCUCCUGACUAUAGGCGGGAAGCAAGUCUUCUCCAUGGUCUCCUUUCAGUGCCCCUGCAACCACAACAAGAACUUCGCAUAUGGGCUGACUUCCCCUGCUGGGCUGACUCCUUCCUUUGCUGCAGUGCUAAUGGUUUUUGGUCUGUUCUUCAGCACCCGUUUGUGGAAGUUCUAUACUGGCUGCUGCCUCAAUCCUAUGAAGCUUUGCCCAUGGGGGAACUGCUUCGACUGCCUCAGGGUGUUCAUUAGCAUCUUCACUGGUGCUUGUGUGGCUCCUAUAAUGUGGCUCUCUGUGGCCCUGCUCAAUGGGACCUUUUAUUAUUGUGCCAUCAGUGGUCUCAUUGACCUGGUGGUGGAUCUGUUCUGUAAAAACGAGACCUUGAAGUGUCGGGAGGAGCUGGCCUGAGUGCCCUGUGAGUGGUCCAAACUCAUCUUCACUAGCAUCAGCGCUCCGACUCCCGCUCCACGCUGGCAGUUAAGUAAAAAGAAAACGGCUCGUUUGGAAACUAAGGGGGGAAUAAGGAUCAAGAUGAUGGAAAUUGGAAAUGAUGAUCAGAGUGAUUUGGAUGAAAAUAUGGGUGGAUAUGACCCAGCAGUCAGACGGAUACCUGCUAAAGCUGAGAGAAGAGGAGUCAAAACACGGAGGAAAAAGGACCGAGGAGAUGACAGCUCCAAUGAAAAUAUGGAGAGGAAGAGGUCGAGGCAACCUAGGAAGAAGUGCAAGAGAGGCUUGAUGAGCAAAAGAGGAACACAACCUGGAGACAACGUGUUCGUGAAGGUGUUUAGAAGGAAGUGGUUUAACGAACGACAUGAAGGACCGUUUGAAGUUGUUCACAAAGGAGCAGAGGUCCAUGAAGACCUCCAGGCUGAAGGGCCUGAGGUGGAGAUUGUCCAUUUUGGGGACAAUGGUGAUGACCUUGAGUACACUUCUGAUGAUGCCAGGGAUGACUUUGCAGUCAAUGAACAGGAAAGAAAAUUUGAUGACAUUGAUUUCCAAUAUGUCCCAGAAACAGCAGAACCCAUUUCUGUGGGGCAUGAUGCAUCAAAGACACCAGAGGGCUGUGAGACCGCUUCAGGGGAAUCCAGGGAUUCAAUCCUGGGCUGUUGUAUUAUCAUUAUCUCUGCCAUCGUUGGCCUCCUGAGUACCUGCUACAAAAACUGUUGCUCCCAAAGUCAGCUACCUGCAGCUCACAUUUUCGAAAGCUAUGUGGAGAAGGAGCAUUUUGACACCUUUGCUGUGAACUAUGAAACCAAGCUGGCCAAGAGAAACCUGCAGAGCACCUUUGAGAAUAAGGACCCUCAUCCAUUUCCUUUCCCCAACCAUAAGGCAUGGGAGGAGAUCUCUGCACACUACACCUUUUCCAGGAGCGAGCAGUAUUACAGCACCCUGCAGUGGUACAUGGACAGGACAGACAGGGACAGCACACCAGAGAAGAGACCUGUCAUUGACUUCGAGUAUGGAAAAGAGAUGAGCUAG